AGCACCCCUACAUGGUCUCUGCCCCUGCAAAAUCGUACCUGCUCUCGGCUUGGUGGUGGCCAGGUCUGCCAGCCGCCUUAGUCCCAGUCCCCACAUCAAGCAUCCCGCACGACUAUUUCGUCUGUUCCGGAGGACCUUCAUUCCUGAUCUCGACACUCACCCAUCAACACCAGCCCACAAGACGACCUGACGAAUAUACCGCUCCCCGCCAUCUCCUCGUGCAUCGCGAGGCCCCCACAGCGAAGCGAUGACGAAGGAGAAGCUCGAUUCCCAUAGGAUCAACUAUCUGAUCUGGAGGUA